CAAUAUCAGUCUUUUACCUAGUGUAGUGCAGAAUUUUUCAUUUUAUUAAAAUUGUUUUAUUCUUUCACUACACGUUUCCAUGUUUCAUAUGCAGUAACUGUUAAAGAUGAAUUUGAUGUUUAACAGGUUAUGCAGAUAAAGAAGACCUAUUUAUGAUUCCCAUGACAACUCCUUUAACUGCUUGCUGAAGGUAUAAACUGCACCAGAGUAAAUCAGCCAACACAUUUCUAUGUCCGACCCCUAGAAAAAAAGCGAAAAUGUGGAACUCUGGGAUGUCAAACUGGGGAGCUGGCUCCACCGAGGGCAAUACUCUGGGGAAAAAGCGGAGCUACGCAGAGACUGGAUUCUCCACAGAUAACAAUGGUGGUGGUUUUGGACCUCCUUCGAGUUCAUACAUGAAGAGUGAUUAUGGUCAAGAUGAUUAUGGUUAUGGAGGUCAGUGGCCUGAUUAUGAUGCUAGUUACGGAUCCUCGCAUGAAACACAUCAUCAUCAAUCCCCUCCUGAGGACAUGAUGAGUUCUAUGGGACUGCCCACGUCUUUCACAGCCACAAUAGAUCAGCCCUCGGAAAACUUCGCAGAAGACAUCCCUCUAGAAGGCAAAGGAAGAAAAAAUCAUGGGGGUGUGUAUCAGACUCCAGUUCAUCAGAACCAAGGACAGUAUGGCAGGGGUGGAAGAGGGGGAGGCCAAGGAGGGAGAGGAGGCCGGGGUCAGAACAAACGAGGUCAAGGUAGAGGAGGAGGUGGUCAUCAAAGGGGAGGAAGAGGAGGGGGAGGGGGUCAGAGAGGAGGAGGAGGUGGUGGAUACCAGAAUAAAGGAAGAGGAGGUGGGAGGGGCGGGGGAAAUAACUACGAUCAGCCACAGUGGGGAGCGGGCUUCCAUGAAGGAGGGGGAGGAAGAGGAAGGGGAGGUAACAACUUCAGAGGUAAUGUUCAGAAAAAGCCAGGUCUACCUCCCAAUAAAGUGUUCAGUGGUAACAAUAAGAGGGGACGUGGACGAGGCACUAGAGGGGGAUCUGGGGGACAGUUUGGGGGCACAAUGGCUCCUGUUCACAGCCUGUCAAAGGUUGCAACCCAGCAGUUUGAUACAGCAAACAUGUCCACGGCUGAGAAGAUUCAUAGAUUUGCCUUGUACGUCCAGGGAGAGCCGAUGAAAGUGAAUGCUAUACAGACAAUAGAAAAUGCCAUAACAGGAAGCAAACUCAAUCUGAAAACACAGUAUGAGGUGGAGGAGUUGAUGAGAAUCUCCGGGAAGUGGAUGUUCACUGGCAGGCUUAUCCUGGGGGGUAUAUUUCUAGCUCGCAGUGUUGGAGCUAACAAAAAAGAAGUGAAACACGAGACCUACCAGAAAGCCUUGGAUGUACUAAAAACCAAAACUGUAGCAGAAAUAUUUAAUCUUACAGAUCCAGGAGCUGAAGCUAUAAGGAAAGAAUUAGCCUCCACAUUAGACACAGAAAAAGAUGUCUCUAAACAAGCUGACACAAUUCUUCAGAAACAAACAGAACAAGCAAUGACCAUUCGCACCAAUCAGGAUGGAUUUAUUUGUUUGAUUGAGUACAUAAAGUCGGCAGUUAAUCUGCCAGAGAAUAAGAUCUCGUGUAUGGAGCAGGCAAUGAGUGCUUCUCACUGCGCACUCAGUCACAAGUAUGAUUUCAAGGCCUCUAGACUCCCCACUGGAAGAUUUUUCUUUCAUGGGAUAUUGACUGUGGGUGACAUUGUAAUUGCUGUUGGUAAGGGCCACAGGAAGAAAGAUGCCAAAGUCCAUACGUAUGAGGAGGCUUUCAAAAACCUGAUGACAAAGCCACUGCAGGAGGUACUGAAGGGAAUAGAUGUGGAAGAAGAGGCGAAGACUGAAGAGGAAGCAAGUGGAACUGGGGUGACCAUGAUAGUAGACGGAAAGAAAAUGUCUGUCACCGAAAAAAUGGACAAAAUGAUCCAGCGCUUAAAGGAUGCAGUAUACAAGGAAAACAACAUCAACACGGUUGAUGCCUGUGCUACAAAUCUUGGUCUGACCAAGACCUGUAUUUAUCGGAGAUUACAGGGGGAUGAUGAGGGAGAUCCCUCAAGGGUGGCCUGUGACCUUUAUCUGGAGAAAUUUCUGAUCGCAUCAGGAGAGGGAGAGAAGAGAAAGGAGGCCCAGAUAGAUGCAUAUAACAAUGCCUGGGAGGUGUUAAUCACUACCACAGGUGAACACAUCAUCAAGGACCAUAAACGACUGACCAAUGAUAAUGAUGAUCCCUCUAUCAUUGAUGUCCAUGUUAAAGGAGCCCAGAAGCCCCAAGGAGACUCGAAUCUUGCUGGUCUUAAAAGACACAACCAGGACCACGAGGACCCUACAAAGACAGUGGACACUCUGGUUAUCCUGGAGCAUGAGGAGUGGACAAUGGACAGGAAAAGGCAGGCCUUCUGUAUCCUAACCUACUCAGCCACCUCUAAUGGCAUGCUGCUACAGUGGAAUACCAGUCAAGAGGGGAACAUGUUCAAGUGUGAUAUCUCGCUACAAGGUACACUAAUUGGGGAAGCCAAGGCCAUGAGCAAGAACAAUGCCAGAAAUCUAGCAGCCGCUGAUGCAUUGUUUAAGCUUUACGAGUCCCAGGAUGUUAUCAAGGUGACCAGACGAGAUGACAGCAAACUAUGGAUUGCCUACAGCAACAUUCUAGGUAAAGCCAAGAUUUUGAAGGAGAGACAGGGAGAUGGGGCCGACCCUGAUCUUAAACCCUCUUUUGACAAUGAAGGAAAUGUCAUCCCCAUUCCAGAAGAUGCCAAUAAGUGGGUCCUCAAAGUUUGUGAAGAAAUCAUCAAUGAAUACAAAGAUCAAUUCACAAUGGAAGAACUUAUAUUUGGUCCUGGAAUGCCAUUGCAUGAAAGCAAAGAAGUAAGAAACAUGGCCAAAAGUGGAAAUCUUCGACAUGACAUCCGACAGCUGGAAGGCCAAUCAUAUCUCGUCAUCCAGCACAGAAUGCAACCCCAGGACAUCGCUAAAUGUGUUCACUCAGCAAACGGGAGAAGUGGAAAAUACAUACUGGUGGACAAGAGUUCCCUCCCCUCACAUCAGGACAUCGUUCCUGACCUGGAAAAGCAGAUUGCCCUCAGCGGGAGUCUGGCAGGACAGACAAAGAGUGAGGUCAAGGCUCCGAAUCCCCUACAAGGAUUUAAACCCCGGAUACUGAGUGACCAAACUAGCGAGGAAGGGUAUGAUCAAAGCAUGAAUAGGUUGUACUGAGAGUUCACAGCAAGCUGUGAGAUUGUGAAACAGUGGACCAUUUUGCUGAGAUGUUCACAUUGAAAAUGACAGACUGUGUGAAAGGUUUUUUUUUUUUUUUUUUUUAAAAAUAGACAUAGCAUCACUGUUUCAAACAUUGUGAAUUUGUUUUAAUAUGUAUGUUUGUGAAAAUAAGUAUUAUUAAAUGGAUAGACAGACUCAUUUGUCGACAGUUUUAUCUCUCCUGGAAAAGGGUCAAGUGACUUCCUGAUCAAAGUUUGAUCAUCAUCUGUGUUGUUUGUCUAUUCUAAUUACGUGACUUCCUGAUCAAAGUUUGAUCAUCAUCUGUGUUGUUUGUCUAUUCUAAUUACAUGACUUCCUGAUUAAAGUUUGAUCAUCA